GCAUAUAAAGAGGGUCUCUAUGGAAGAAGGUAUCAAUGGAUUGUGUCGGGUCUGUAUGAGGACAAGUGGUGGCAAAACGUACACAAUUUGGACUGUAGUAAAGAGGAGCUGAUGGCAGCUCUGGACGGCUAUAUCGCCACUGAUGUGCUUCCGCUCACGAGUUCCCAAACCACUGAUUUCGGACUCACGACAUACGAAUAUGAGGCCGAAUACACGCGGAUGAGAGGCUCAGAGUACAGUCGGUUUCACGGGUACGCUUACGACGGCAUUUGGGCGAUCGCUUUCGCCGUCCGGUCGGUCCACGAGAAGCUCAGAUCCAUGAGCUCUUCCCUCACUCUCAAAGACUUUCGAUAUAGGGAUACAUUUUGGGCACAACUAUUCAAAGAGGCACUCAAUGAGACACAAUUCAAUGGCGUUACUGGUCGCGUCAGCUUUGAUAAGAACGAGAGAAGAGGUGUUGUACUUCUCAAGCAAUUCCAAGGCCAAAAAGAGUACAAAAUCGGUGAAUACAUCACAUAUUCCGAUGCAUUAGAUUUCAAAGGCGCCCCAAUUUCUUGGAGAGACAUUUGA